GACAGCGGGGUGGCUGAUGCCAUGUGGGAGGCUGCGCAGGAACCAGGAUUUUUCGUGGUCACUAACCAUGGUAUUUCAGAGGAGGCAAUUGAGGAGGCAAUUGAGGAGGCCUUCAGAUUGUCCAGAGACUUUUUCAAUCAAAGCAAAGAAGACAAGGAGAGGCAGAGUCCCUUCGAAAAGAGCAUGAAUGCUGGUUACGAAUUCUUUUCUCAAAUUCGUCCAUCAACAGGCGCACCGGACCAAAAAGAGAGCCUUCAAAUCACGGCGCGUGAAGGCUGCAUGGAUGGUCGCUGGCCAUCCGUCCCAAACUUUGAAGAGCGACUGAAGAAUUUUAUGGUAAAGUCGCAUGAUUUGGGUUGCCGAAUCCUUUCCAUCCUCGAACCGAGGGCUUGUCCCAAACUUGCGCAGGGUACCCUAGCUGCAGCACAUCGGCUGUGGGUAGAGGAUGGGCAGUGCACCUUGCGAUUGUUGCACUACCCGCCAGUGCAUGAUGCUGGAAAGCUCCCUGCAAACUACUGGAGGGCUGGGCCCCAUACGGAUUGGUGCUGUGCCACCCUGUUGUUUCAACAACCUGGAAAUGAGGGCCUUGAGUGCGCACCUAACCCCAAGGCUAUGCAGGAUGGUGCUCCGUGGUUGAAAGUGGAUCCAGUCCCUGGAGGGAUCGCUGUGAACAUUGGGGACAUGUUGGGCAGGUGGUCCGACGGUCGCUUGUUUGCGAACCUACAUCGGGUCAGGAUGCCCACGAAAGAGGAAUCUUCACCACCAAAGUCCAGGUAUUCCAUGGGUUUCUUCAUGCAGGCGGACAAACAUGUCCGUAUUGAAUGUGAGACAUGCGAGACCAUUACAGCUGGUGAUUACAUUCUUGGCCGCGUCCGGGCCAACUUUGCGAAAUGACACCUGAGUUACCUUCCUGAAGGUGCCAAACAUUGUUUCAAUGCAAUUUUGGCAGCCAAACAAAAUGAUGAUUUUGAGGUCAAAACAGUUAACACCAUGACCUACAGUGACAAAGAUCACGUGCAC